UCAGUUGCUGCAUCAGUUAUAGCAUUUUCACGUCUUUGUUUGAGACUUGGUAUUCAUUUUUUAGAAUCAAAAAAUUGCAUGGUAAUUUACACAGACACUGAUUCAGAAUUUUUUACGAUACCCGAAGAACUUUUUGUUGAGAUAGACAAACUAUAUUUUCAUGAUAAAAAGCUUCAUGCUGAAAUGAUGAUUAAAAAAUCUAUUGAAUAUGCAAAAAUGAUAGAA